GUGAACUUUCUGUGGAAGGCAUACAAGACCCUUUCCUUGUCAGUGUACAUAUUAUCACAGACCCAGGUGAAUCCAAGACUCUUCAACAAGCCAUUGAUAAGCUUCUAGCCUGGAUCCAUCCAGACCUCCAGCUGUUUCGAGUCUCAGAAAGACGAGUGCCCAAGAAAUGCAGGAAGCCAGGUAAGGCUGGUGUUUCUCAGCCAGCCCUUGCUAUCACUCUGUUUCUGCAAGAGGAAUAUGGAGAAGAACCGAUCUUGCAGCUCCACGAGACCUUUCAGCGGCCACCUUGGCAUUACCACCACACAGAGCGAGUGCAUGGGAAGUUCCUCCCUUACAUGCCAUGCAGCCAGGACUUCUACACUCUGGCUCCAGAGACUCCUCUGUGGGCCAUUCGCCCAGUGCACUACGGGAAAGAAAUUAUCCGCUUCACAAUAUACUGCAGGAGUGAAAACUUUGUUGACAUUUUGAAGUUGUAUGAGCUAAUACUGAAAAGACCAGUAUGUCAGAAAAAAGCGGACUUUUGUGUUUUUCCCAUCUAUUCUAACAUGGAAAUAGACAUUCAGUUUUCUUUAAAAAAACUGCCAAAGGGCCAGGUGCCAAUGCCGACAGAGUCGGCAGUGCUGGAGUUCAGAGUAAAAGAUGUGGGGCAGCUUGUGCCUCUCUUGCCCAACCCUUGCAGCCCCAUCAGUGAAGACAGGUGGCAGACAGAAGACCAUGAUGGAAAUAGGAUCCUUUUGCAGGUAAGUUCAGUACACAGAGAAACAGAAGCACAAUUAUUG